AUGGAUCCCACUGGUGGGAAUGUGCCUCGUCGAACUCGUUCUGGUUUAGGGGGAGGAAUUCAACAGUUGACUAAUGCUAUACGUAAUGCUUUCACUAAUCGACCGAGUCGCACGUAUAUUGAGAUUGCUCGGAGCCAUGGUAUUCCAGAUCUUAAUGUAGUUGGGGCUUGUCCGGAGGCCGAGGAGUGGCUUGAGCAGGUGGAGGACACUUUGGAGAGCAUGAGAUGCCUGCAAAAUGAGUGGGUGGACACUGCAACGUAUUUUAUGAAGGGGGACGCUAAACUUUGGUGGAAAUCGGUGAGGCCUCGUCCACCUAAUGAUCCAAUGAAUUGGGUUGACUUCAGGAGGGCUUUCAGCGAUUAUUUCUUGAGUCCCAGUUAUCAGCUUAGGAUGAGGCAACAAUUCUUGGAGUUUCGCCAGGGCGAUUUGAGUAUCACGGAGGUAGACUGUACUUUUCGGCGCCUGGCAAGACAUCAUGCAGGGACUUAUGGAAACCCAGGUGAAAUGAUGGUCCAGUUACUGAUUUGCUUGAAUCCUGAUUAUCGUGAAGCAGUGGCAGCAAUAAGGCACAGGAGUUACGAAGAGAUGAUUGAGACUUGCUUGAGGAUUGAACAGUCUAGGUGGGAGACUCAGCAUCAGGCGCAGGCGCAGGCGCAAGCGCAGUUACAGUUUCAGGGACCACCAAGGUAUCAAGACCGACCUCGGUACCAGAACCAGAGGGGUCGUGGAUUUCGAUCUCGGAGCGUGAGAGAAGCUGCUAGUUCGUCUAAUUAUGCUGGCCCUCGACAUUCUUUUUCCUUUAAACGUCAAGGCCAGGGUUCAGGUUCUUCUAGCGAAGGCUCAGGCAAUGAAUCUGGGAGACGAUCCUUCAGUCACUUCAGAUCCCCCAUCACGUGCCACAGGUGUGGAGGCACGGGACAUAUUGCCAGAUAUUGCCCAUCUGAGCGACCCGCCGAGAGUUAUGCUUCUGCGCCGAGUUACAGUGGAGGGAGUAACCCGAGCUCCAGUUAUGGCGGCAAUUUUACUCGAAGUGACAGUGGGAGUAGAAGCCAAAAUUCUCAAUUUUCCACUCAGAGGCAGCCACAGCAAUUUGGUACAGCAUCAGGUAGCCGCCCUCAAGGAAAUCGAGCAGGCCGUAACAACCGAGGUUUUAGGGCUCGAGGUGGCCGUGACGGUGGUGCAGGACACCAGUUUCAUGGACGUAUCAACGCCAUGACUCAGCAGGAGGCUGAUCAGGACCCCCAAGUUAUUACUGGUACGUUACUUAUUUGUGGUAAUUGGGCGAGAGUCCUAAUUGAUCUAGGUGCUACUUUUUCAUUUGUGUCUUCCUUAUUUGCACCGAAUCUAAAUUCGCAACCUACACCGCUUGGGUAUGAUAUGCUUGUACAAAUGCCGCAUGGAGAGUUGUUUUGUGCACAGUGGGAGUAUAGAGGUUGCCCGGUAGUGGUGGAAGAGGAAACACUGGAAGCUAACCUGGUUCCCUUCAAUUUGGUGGAGUUCGAUGUUAUCUUGGGAAUGGAUUGGCUCUCCAGGCAUCGUGCUUAUGUCGCGUGUUGGGAGAAAUCUGUGACGUUCAAUCGGCCUGGACGACCGUCGAUCACAUUUCAGGGUGAGCGACGAAUCCUUCCUAAUAGUAUUAUUUCUGCUAUCCGCGCUUCUAAGUUGUUGUCUAAGGGAUGUGUAGGGUUUUUAGCCCACGUAGUGACGAGGGAUAAACCUUCGUUGAGUCCUAAAGAUGUACCAGUGGUGAAGAAAUUCACCGAUGUUUUUCCGGAAGAUCUACCAAGGUUGCCACCUGCGAGGGAAAUUGAAUUCACCAUCGAUUUACUUCCAGGUACAUACCCUAUUUCGUUACCACCUUAUCGGAUGGCACCAGCAGAGUUGAGGGAAUUAAAACUUCAACUUCAGGAGUUAGUGGAUAAAGGUUACAUCCAACCCAGCAUGUCUCCUUGGGGUGCUCCCGUUCUUUUUGUUAAAAAGAAGGAUGGUUCGAUGAGACUUUGCAUCGAUUACCGGCAACUGAACCGGGUGACGGUGAAGAAUCGUUAUCCUCUGCCUCGGAUCGAUGAUCUGUUUGACCAGCUGAAAGGCGCUCAGAUGUUUUCUAAGAUCGAUCUUCGUUCGGGUUAUCAUCAGCUGCUAAUUCGAGAGGAAGACGUACCGAAGACUGCCUUCCGUACUAGGUAUGGACACUUUGAAUUUCGUGUCAUGCCUUUCGGAUUGACGAAUGCUCCCGCAGCAUUCAUGGAUUUGAUGAACAGAGUCUUCAGACCAUAUCUGGAUAGGUUUGUGAUUGUGUUCAUUGAUGACAUUCUGAUUUAUUCCAAAAGUGUUGACGAGCACAGGAAACAUUUAAGGUUGGUGCUGGAAAGGUUGAGAAGUCAGCAGCUGUAUGCUAAGUUCACCAAGUGUCAGUUUUGGCUUAACCAGAUCAGCUUUCUUGGACAUGUAGUAUCUGCUGAAGGAAUUAGUGUGGAUCCUCAGAAGGUGUCGGCAAUAACUACAUGGGAGCAACCGAGGAAUGUUACAGAGGUGAGGAGUUUUCUAGGUCUGGCUGGCUAUUAUCGACGUUUUGUGCAGGGUUUCUCAUCAAUUGCCUUGCCUUUGAGUAAGUUGACUCGGAACGAGGAUUACGACCUAAGCUACGAGGCGUUCCCCUACCAGUGA